AUGACCCCACACUUGCAUACUUUCUCGAAAACGGGUGCUGGCGCUGGCCAGACAAGCAAGAUAAAACAUACCGAGAAAGCUGUCACCGCCAACAGCAGCUCGGAGGCCAACACCAGGAUUCCUCACAUAGACCCUCAAAUCCACACUGUGGAUAUCGCACAGUUCACGCAGUUCGGCUUCGAAGAGAAAGUGGCGAGACUUGCAAACCGCUCAGGCUUCCAGCCGGGCAUGAUCCGAGACGUGUACAAACACACGAGCACCUUCAAGCAGGCAGAAAACAUUACCAAGGCCAUGCGGGUCGCUGCUGUGAAGUGCGCUGCAUCAAAAAUUCGAAGGCGGGUGACACUGUAUGGUGAUGGUGAGUAUGGUGAUGGUGAGGACGGAGAUGGAGAGGAGGAGGAGGAAGGGGAGGAAGAGGAGGAAGAGGAGGAAGAGGAGGAAGAAGUAGGAAACAAAAACGAUGGGGACAAGAACGAGGACAAGGAUGUCAAAGACGAGGACGAGUGA